AUGGAAAUCCCGAGGUUACUCUCGGCUCGUGGGGCACUACAAGGCGGCGGCGGCGGCGGCGGGCCCGCGGGCAGCGGGGUGCACGAAGGACCCGAUCCACGGGCUUGCCAGGCCACCGCGCGCCGCCUCCUACCGCUACGGGGCCCCCAAGAUGGCGGGCCCGGGCAGCGGCGCAAGCAGGCCUGCGCGGCCUCAAAGGGCCCGGGCCCGAGCUCGCUGGCGCCAAGGCCAGAUCAAGCUAGCAGCAGCGACGACUUCUUCCUGGUGCUGCUCGACCCGGUGGGUAAUGACAUGGAGACCGCGGGCUCCGGCCAGGUCACAGGGCCGGUGUGGAGGGAGGAGGCCGCGCCAGGCCCGGGACUCCGGGGGCGCGAGCGCGGCGCGAGCCUUGCAGACCUCCCUGAGCUGGGCCCCUGCUGCUCGUCCGCGGACAAUGCGCUGUCCCAGACCCUGUUUUCCGCCCCAAGCCAGGGCCCCGCGGCGGCCUUCGCUGGCACCCUCACCCUCCACAACCAAGAUCUGCUGUUGCGCUUGGAGAAUGGGGUCCUGACCCUGGCCACGCCCCCGGCGCCCGCCUGGGUGCCGGGGGCCGCGUCCGCCAGGCAAUCUGGAGGUCUCAUCUCCACGCAGCCAGGGGAUCCACAGGCCAUACAGCCAGGCGACUGCCCGGAGCUGCCGCCAGACGUCUUGCUGGCCGAGCCGCCUGAGCCCGCUCCUGCUCUGGUGCCUGAGGAAGGGGCAGAGGGCCCAGUUGCCGCUGAGGGCUCCAGAGGACCUCUGGGCCCAGGCCCAAGCCUGGUGUUGUACGUGUGCCCCGAAGGGCAGUGUGGGCAGACCUUCCCCAAGAAGCACCAGCUGAAGGUGCACCUGCUGACACACAGCAGCAGCCAGGGCCAGAGGCCCUUCAAGUGCCCCCUGGGCGGCUGCGGGUGGACCUUCACCACGUCAUACAAGCUCAAGCGGCACCUGCAGUCCCACGACAAACUCCGGCCCUUUGGCUGCCAGGCAGAGGGCUGUGGCAAGAGCUUCACCACAGUGUACAACCUCAAGGCUCAUAUGAAGGGCCAUGAGCAGGAAAACUCAUUCAAGUGCGAGGUGUGUGAGGAGAGCUUUCCCACGCAGGCCAAGCUCAACCUCCACCAGCGAAGCCACUUUGAGCCUGAGAGGCCCUACCAGUGUGCGUUUUCCGGUUGCAAGAAGACGUUUAUUACAGUUAGUGCCCUGUUUUCCCAUAACCGCGCCCAUUUCAGGGAACAGGAACUCUUUUCCUGCUCCUUUCCUGGCUGUAGCAAACAGUAUGACAAGGCUUGUAGGCUCAAAAUUCACUUACGGAGCCACACCGGUGAGAGACCUUUCCUUUGUGACUUUGAUGGUUGUGGCUGGAACUUCACCAGCAUGUCCAAACUCUUAAGGCACAAAAGGAAACACGAGGAUGACAGGAGGUUCACGUGCCCUGUGGAAGGCUGUGGAAAAUCUUUCACUCGGGCCGAGCAUCUGAAAGGUCACAGCAUAACCCACUUGGGCACAAAGCCUUUUGUAUGUCCCAUGGAGGGCUGCUGUGCCAGGUUCUCAGCUCGCAGUAGUCUCUACAUUCACUCCAAGAAACACCUGCAGGAUGUGGACACGUGGAAAAGUCGUUGCCCAGUCUCCACUUGUAAUAAACUCUUUACCUCCAAGCACAGUAUGAAGACACACAUAGCCAAAAGGCAUAACCUCAGCCAGAAUCUCUUAGCUCAGCUAGAAGCUGCAAAUUCUCUUACACCCAGCAGUGAACUUACCAGCCAGGGACAAAGCAAUCUCAGUGAUGCAGAUCUUGUAUCUGCCUUCUCUGAUAUGUCUGGCAAUAGUUCUGCUGCAGUGUUGGACACAGCCUUGAUGAAUUCUGGAAUCUUGACUAUUGAUGUGACCUCUGUGAGUUCAACGCUGGCAGGGAACCUCCCUCCUAUUAAUAAUUCCUUAGGGCAGGCUGUGGACCCUCGGGCCUUGAUGGCCACGAGUGACCUUCCUCAAAGUCUGGAUACCUCUCUCUUUUUUGGAACAACGGCUACGUGUUUUCAUCAGAGCACUUUAGAUAUGGAUGUCCCAAGUCUAAGUGCAGGGCCAUCGGGAUCUCUGGGCUCUUUGGCUAUAAAAGACUGUAGUCAAGAGUCCCAAGCACUGACCCCCAGCAAUAAAUUAACAGUGGACACAGAUGUUCUGACUCCUUCAAGCGCCUUUUGUGACAAUGGUGUCUCAGAACUCCUCACACCAACCAAAGCAGAAUGGGACGUACAUCAUGACUCUGACUUCUUUGAACGGGAAGAAGAAACCCCAUUUGGGUUCUCCAGUCCAACAGGAAGCCAUGGUUCUCAGAAAGAAACAGAUCUUAUCACAGUGACUGGAAGCUCAUUUUUGGUGUGAACUAUAUUCAUUUCACACAGUGGCUUACAGUGUUGAGGAUAUUCUGUGCUAAAUGUAUUUAAAUGCAGUGAUUUCUUGUUGGUUUGCAAAAGAAUAGAUCUCUGGACCACAAGUUAGAGAUUUAAAUUCUGAUCUUGAGCCUGUAA